AUUUUGUAAUUCGUGACAUUAUUUUAUGAAUUUUAUUUGUAGGCUUUCUGAUGUGAUUGAUAUUUUUAUUUCUAUUCUAGAAAGAAACGAACUAUCAUUCAUAGAAACUUCUGCGUUAGACUCCACAAAUGUCGAAGUAGCAUUCAGAAACAUUUUAGAAGAAAUAUACCACAUUGUGUCGCAGAAGCAAAUAAGAGAUGCAUCAAGUCCAACUGGCAACCAGCCUAGUCAUGAUGCGCAGACUAUCCAAGUAGCACCAACUAAUGAACCGGACAGCCGAAGAAACAAGUGUUGCCAGUAGUCUCCCCCCUCUCUCUCUUUAUUAAAUCACUACUCAUAAUGUAAAAUGCAUCGAAUUUAAAGUAAUAUUUUUGAUUAUGUUAAACACACAAUAUAAAUUUAUUUGUGCCUAAGUUUUGCAGUUUCUUGAUUUUUCUGUGGCAGUUAAUAAAUUUGUGUUGAUUUUAAAUAUUUUAUAAUACGUGUUGAAUACCGAGUGAAAUUAUACCCUCAAUUUUUUUUACUUUUGCACAAAUGUUGUUGAUAGCUGUUUAGUGAAAUGAGUGUUCAGUGUGAGAUUUUUUAAAGAAAACUUUCAGGAAGUUAAAAUGAUGUAGAAAUUACUACUUAGGUAUUGACUUUGUAUUAUUAGAAAGAGUUGUAGAUUGUAUUGGGCUUUUUUUCUUUAUAUGUUUGAAUUAUGUUAAAUAAAGUGUUUCUAAAUGAACUGGUCCAAUUCUACGUCCCAUCAAACAAACUGCUAUUUAAUUGCACUUCUACUUCGAAGUCAGUCAGCACACACAGGAAAAUGUUUGGACCAGUUCGAACAUUUUUCAAAAGAUCGUGUUUUAGUUGAUUUUGUGACAGAUUUUGUAUCGUUUUUGCCAGUGUUAAGUGUUGUGCGGAGUCAUUAUGGUAGAUUUCUGUUUAUGUUUGUCUUGUUGUGCCAAACAUUCAAUAUAGUCAGCCCUGUGCAAACAAAGUCGUAAACGAAACAUAUUUUAUUGUCUACAGUGUAAGAUGUUUAUUGGCAGUAAAAUCAAUUGUUUUAAUGUAA